UUUUUUUUUUUACACACCGGCUCGCAACCACCCUCCCAGUCAGUCACCUCAAGUGCGGCCGAGCGGCUGGAGCAGAGGCAAACAAACAGAUCCAGAGCAUCCGGAGCGACUCUCGUCUAUCGUGUUUUGGGCUCAAGUAAAAGAGACCGGGGUGGAAGAGGAGAAUGGGACGCCGGUGCCUGGAUCAACACUGAGUCCUGCCGGCACACCGAGAGCUCCUCUGACUUUUUCUUUUUCUUUUUCCCCCUCCCAGAGUCACCGUGUUUUCACCGCUGACACAAUGGGCUGCUGCAGCGGACGAUGCACUCUCAUCUUUAUUUGCACUUUACAGCUGGUGUUGGCUUUAGAAAGACAGGUCUUUGACUUCCUUGGUUACCAGUGGGCCCCCAUCCUUGCCAACUUCUUCCACAUCAUCAUCGUUAUCCUCGGCCUCUUUGGCACUAUCCAGUACCGGCCACGCUACAUUGUAGUGUACACGGUAUGGGCCGCGAUCUGGGUAGCCUGGAACGUCUUCGUCAUCUGUUUUUACCUGGAAGUAGGAGGCCUGUCCAAGGACAGUGACCUGCUAACAUUUAACAUCUCAGCUCAUCAUUCCUGGUGGAGUGAACAUGGCCCCGGCUGUGUGCGGAGAGAGAUGCCACAGGCUCCUGGGGUCCAUACCACGGAGAGCCACUCCUACAUCACUGUCAUGGGCUGCUUCAUGGACUAUCAGUACAUCGAGGUCAUGCACAGUGGGGCACAGAUUCUUGUUGCUCUCCUUGGCUUCGUGUACGCCUGCUAUGUUGUCAGCGCUAUCACUGAGGAGGAGGACAGCUUUGAUUUUAUUGGAGGAUUUGACCCAUUCCCACUCUACCAUGUCAAUGAGAAAUCAUCUCAUCUCCUCUUAAAGCCCAUGUACCCGUCUACGUAAAUAGGAGAACAUCCAGCGGGGAGGUGAUGCAGCAAAUUCCUACAGAGACAAAAUGGUUGCUUUGACACAAACGUCCCAGUGCGCUUCGGUGCGCGAGACGUUCCUCCCUCUUUUGAUUUCAGUCCUUUAAACAUGUAAUUUGCUGGUGUACUGCCCAGAAAAGCCAACAUUUCUCUGUAAGGGUCCAUCGUGAUGGGUUUAGGGAGCUGGGGAAUUGCAGUAAAACAAAGCAUGUAUUUAGGGUUAUUUGUGUAUUUAGGCAAGUAUCAAUCAUUUUGUUCGUGUUGAUUUCUCUGCUGUGGUCCCACUGCUGCAACCUGCCCACAAUGGGCAAAUACUCCCCCCCCUCUCCCAGACUGUGACUGUAUAGAACAUGUACAGCUAUUAAAUACAUUGUGGAUGUAAUCAGGGGCUGCCCAUCAUUGCCAGUCUGUGGUGCUGUGUCUUAGAGGACUCACUGAUUUAGCAUAUUAUUGCUGGUUUGGCUCAAAUCUUAGCCGGAGGGCUGAAUUACAGUGGAGCCUGUGGAAUGAGCUAUUGUGUGCUGUCUGUUUACUUUAGGCCAGGAUGUGUGUGCAUAAAUACAGAAGCAGAACAGGAAGAGACAGGGGAGUGUAGAGGUAGAGGUAGAGGGUGGGGAGGGAACAAAAGCACCAAACCUACAGGGGCAUCUGUCAAAAAUAGAAAAUGUAAAUAAUGAAAGUGGGAGGGUUAAAAUUAGCUUUUUAUUUAGAGUUUGAAAAUGUGAGCUAUCAAGAAUGCAAAAUAGCGUGAGCCUGCAAGAGGCAUUCAAACACAAAGGAUGGCAUGCGAGUCUUAGUUUUAUUUCGGGAGUCUUAUUAUUGUGACUAUUUUCACCAACAACAAAGUCGGUGUUUCUGAAGUGUCAGGUGUUUGUGCUAGAUGAUACGCUGAAAGCUUUGUUUUCACGUCAGUCCCCCUCUAACUACUGUCAGAUCUGGCAAGGGUGAUCAUUACACACACUCAAACAAAGGUUACAUAGCAUAUUUUUAACUUGAAGAAAACAAUAGAAGUUGUUUCAUUGUUCAUAUUUGAGCACAACAGUGCUGAGAUGUCUGGGUAUGGUCUUCAGUGUAGAAGUAGCGUGGCCUAUACCUGAAUAGAUCAGAGCGUUUUCUCCUGUCACUUCAGCAGUUUAAAUUGUCAGUGUUAAUAGUCGCAGUUGUGAUUGUUUGAGAGCAUGUUGGAGUGUUUUGUUUUGUUUUGUUUUGUAAUUUUAUGCAUAUUAAGUAAUAAGUAAAAAGCAAAACUGGUGUCUUUAAAUGGCUUUAUAUGAACUGGCAACUUAAAUUUCUUGUAUUCUGACCCAGAAACACGACAACUAUUCCUAGGCAAAUGAAAAAGUUCAUAUCUCCCGUACUGAUUGGUAGCACUUCUUUUGUUCCUGUUAGUGUCAUUAAGAAGAAGUCAGAUUCGCUCACGCCUUACUGGUUGUGUGAAUCACUACUGCCCUCUGGUGUUCAAAGUAUUCAUGUGCAAAUUUCAAGGCUACUGAGUUUCUGCUAACCUUCCAUAAAACUCCCUUUUUUUUAACACUUUCCCUGGCCAGCAUUUGUUUCUUAUUUUUGUGUUUUCAUAGUUGUAUUUUCCUUCAGUUGUAUGCUACAUCAUAUAGACUGAGAUUUGGUCCAUUUGAAAGUAAUUGCAUUGUGUUAAUUGAUUGGGAUAGUUGGCCACUUGGCUUUUUUUCUGUGGAAGUUUUUUCAUUUCUGUUUUCAGCACCUUCAGCUAUCAAGUGCGUGUCAGAGUCCUCUGUGAUCUUAAAUGUGCUUUACUGCCAGACAAACAGUUUUUCAACUGUUAUGAUUCUUAAAAUGAUCUGAAUACUGUUUCCAUUCGAUUGAUCACCUCGCUGUCUGAGAGAUGCAAUAAUUUUUGUGUCAUUGUUAUCUUUAUAAUUUAAAGUUUACACACUCCUGGGAAGCCAGCUAGCGUGUGAGUAAAAACACAAAGCACCUCAUAUUGUAACAUAAUCAGUAUUAAUAGGAAAAUGCUUCUAAAAUCCUAAUGUAAAACAGGUCUUCCUCUCAGUGCAAUACAGCCUUUUCCUAAACCUGGUGACUGGUAUUAGUUGAAACAUGUUAUAUUUGUUAAAUUUCCACUGAAAAGAGUCUCUCUGUGUAGAUACUUUUUGUUUUUAUAGAAAGUGGAAAUGGGUUUUUUUUCUCUUCCAUUUUGCGUCCUGUGUUCCUCCAACCCGAUGUGACCUGAUUGUGUAUUCCUAUUUAUCCAGAACUGUGCUUUGUGCUCAUGUAAAUAUGUGUUUGUUAAUAAAAGAAUGUGCUCUUUU